CUAGCCAAGAUCUCAGUGAAGAUUGGCAGUGCGUGAGGCAACAUCACUCGGGCAAACUGUUAACACCACCUCACUCUGACAAACUGGAGUGCCUAUUCUUCACGUGAUCCAAGUAUUCUUCCAGAGGUUCGAUACUCUCCAGGACACUAAACUGAUUCAUCAGAGCUGGUGACUGGAGACUCCAAUAUGGCGUGGCUAAGGGAACAAAUGAUGCUUUAUUUACCAAACUUGGUGACUUAUAUUUCCUUCACCGCCUUCAUCGUGCUUUCACUGACGUUGUUCUUCAAAAGGCAGCAGAAGGUGUGGAUGUUGGAUAAGAUCCCUGGUCCAAGAGGACUCCCACUACUGGGCAGUGUUCUCUACCUUAACACGGUCGACCUCUGUGAAUCAUUUGCAAGAGUAGUAAAAAUCUGUAAGAUUGGUCCAGUAGUGAAAUUUUGGGCUUAUAACACGCCUCGCUGCUUGUUGAGUGGCGCCAAAGCUGUCGAGAGUCUCUUGACCAGCCAGAAAAACCUUGACAAGGGCUUGAUGUACAAUUUUCUCCGACCUUGGCUCGGCGAGGGUCUCUUGACUUCUGCAGGCAGUCGCUGGCAGACCCAUCGUAAGCUGUUGACUCCGGCCUUCCACUUCAAGAUCCUGGAAGAGUUUAUGGGUGUGUUCAACAGCCAGGGAAACAAGUUGGUCCAGAAGCUACACAAGAAGGCUGACGGCCAACCCUUCGACAUCUUCUCUGAUAUUACUCUUUGUGUGCUCGAUAUCCUGUGUGAGUCCGCGAUGGGACGGUCUGUCAACGCUCAGGAUUCCGAUGAGUCGGACUUCAUUAAAGCUGUCUUCGGGAUGGGAAGAAUAAUUAAGUACCGGAAGUUUCGUCCUUGGUUGCACUGGAACUUUAUGUUCUGGUUACUGGGGCACGCCAAGCAGAUGGACGCUCACUUAAAGGUCCUCCACGACAUGUCCUACAGCACCAUCAAGGAGCGCAGGAAGGCCCGCCUCAACACCAACACGGCGCACCACGACCAGGAAGUGUUAGGCAAGAAAAACCGGCUGGUGUUCCUAGACUUGUUACUGGAAUAUGCGGAUAAGACGCCCGGUAUCACAGACGAGGACAUCAGGCAGGAGGUGGACACGUUCCUGUUCGCCGGACACGACACCACCGCCUCCGCCAUCAACUGGGCUCUCUAUCUCUUGGGGCAUCACCCAGAGAUCCAGGCUCGGGUACAGGAGGAGCUGGACGGAAUCUUCGGGGACAGUGACCGGCCUGUGACUAUGGCAGACCUCCGGGAGAUGAAGUACUUGGAGAACUGCAUCAAAGAGACCCUCAGGAUGUAUCCUCCUGUGUCCAGCUUCUCUAGAGUUCUUACCGAAGAUCUUGUCAUAGACAACUUCCUCAUUCCCGCUGGCACCACCGUCUCCGUCAUGUCUUACAGCCUGCACCGUGACCCUGAGCAGUUCCCAGACCCAGAGAAAUUUGACCCUGACCGCUUCCUGCCCGAGAACGCCAGAAAGCGUCACCCCUUCGCUUAUGUGCCGUUCAGUGCCGGGCCCAGGAACUGCAUUGGCCAAAAGUUCGCCAUGAUGGAACUGAAGGUGGUGUUGAGCAAGAUCCUGCGAACCUUCCUUGUGGAGAGCGUCGUUUCCCGGGAGAAACUCAGGAUCUAUGAGCAGCUUAUCCUGAAACCUGAAGGCGGUAACUUCUUAAGGCUGUUCCCUCGUGUAGGUGGUGGUGACCCAAGGCCGUAAAGAGCUUACAUUAUUCCAACAAGGCCAGAAUCUACCUAAUUGUAAUACAAUGGUUGUACUCCUUAGCAGUUAUCACAUUUCUUUUAAGAUCACAUGCAACUUUAGACACACUAGCACAGUGAUUCCCAGCCUGGAUGGUAGCGCCCCCAGUGGGCGUUUUAUUAAUUACGGGGGCGGCAAACUCAUAUGAGGGCGGCAAGAGGCCCUAAGAAAAUUUUGUGAACCUAAAUUUAAAAACGUUCAAACAGAA